UCUCCUUGCUAUUUGGUACACUUCUCUGGGCCAUUUCAGAAAUCACUGACCAACAAAAUCUCCCAAGAGUGAGAGGUGCUUAAAGUUCAGGUACCCAGUCUAAAUAUAAAAAUUAGACACCAACAUGAGCCAUCCUUUCUGUAUACAUAACUUUUCCACCCACGAUUCUCACUCAAUUUGAUUAUGAUUGAGAUAAUUUGACAACAUGGAAAGUGCAAACCAUUCAGUGGUGUCUGAAUUCAUUUUGCUUGGACUUUCCAAAUCUCAGAAUCUUCAGAUUUUGUUCUUUGUAGGAUUCUCUGUGGUCUAUGCCGGGAUUGUGUUAGGAAACCUCCUCAUCUUGGUCACUGUGACCUUUGACUCACACCUUCACACACCAAUGUACUUUCUGCUUAUCAAUCUGUCCUGUAUAGAUAUGAUCCUAGCUUCUUUUGCUACCCCUAAGAUGAUCAUAGACUUCCUCCGAAAACAGAAGACCAUCUCUUGGUGGGGAUGUUAUUCUCAGAUGUUUUUCAUGCACCUCCUAGGUGGGACUGAGAUGAUGUUGCUUGUAGCCAUGGCAAUAGACAGGUAUGUUGCCAUAUGCAAACCCCUCCAUUACAUGACCAUAAUGAGCCCACGAGUGCUCGUUGGGCUGCUGUUAUCUUCCUACGCAGUUGGCUUUGUGCACUCGUCUAGUCAAAUGGCUUUCAUGUUGCAUUUGCCCUUCUGUGGUCCCAGUGUGGUGGACAGCUUUUUCUGUGACCUUCCCCUUGUGAUCAAACUUGCUUGCGAGGACACCUACCUGCUACAACUGCUGGUUAUUGCUGACAGCGGCCUCCUGUCUCUGAUCUGCUUCCUCCUCUUGCUUGUCUCCUACAUGGUUAUCAUAUACUCAGUCAGGCACCGUGCUGCUGGUGGUUCAGCCAAGGCCUUCUCCACUCUGUCAGCACACAUCACAGUUGUCACUCUCUUCUUUGCCCCAUGUGUCUUUAUCUAUGUAUGGCCCUUUAGCAGAUAUUCUGUAGAUAAAAUUCUUUCCGUGUUUUAUACAAUUUUCACACCUCUCUUAAAUCCUAUUAUUUAUACAUUAAGGAAUCAAGAAGUAAAAGCAGCCAUAAAGAGGAUAAGAACUCGACAUAUAAAUUCAAAACACACUUUGUAG